CCUCGUCUCUCGAAUCUCAAUAACCAGCAGCCUCAUCACUCACCCAUAAGCCUUCUACUUCUUUAUAAUACCCAAUUCGUAUCUUAUCUCACUCACAGCCUCCCUCAUCCCCCCCCCUCCCGUUCCAUGGCCUCCCAAAAGCUCAUCUCCGCACUAGCGGAGAUUGAGAGCACGACCAACUCGCAAACCAAACUCCAACAAUACAAUGACCUCCUCACGAACCUCGUACAAACCGCCUCACCCGCGCAACUUCCUCAAGACCUCAUUGCCUACCUCGACUCGAUCCUCAGCGAGAACCUCAGCAUCGUCGCCGCCCGGCCCCUCCUCGACCACUUCAUCACCCUCCUCCGCCCGCAGCCCGCAGACACGCGCAUCACUGUGGGCCAGCACGCAGUGACACUUCUCUCAUCCAGGUCAACCUCAGUCGAAGAACAAGAUGCAGCCAUCCGCGAGAUUCUGGCAGAUGCCUACGAAGCGGCAGAAGACUACAUCGCGGCGGCGCGGGCGCUGCAAGGGAUUCACAUCGACAGCUCGCAGCGGCAGGUGUCUGACGCGGCAAAGGUGCGGCUGUGGAUCCGGAUCGUGCGACUUUAUCUGGAGGAGGAUGACACGACGAGUGCCGAGGCGGUGCUAAACCGCAUCAAGAACCUGCCCAGCAAGAUCGAGGAUCCGGAGCUGAAGCUGCACUUCAAGCUGGCGCAGGCGCGCGUGUUCGACGCCCGCCGCCGCUUCCUGGACGCCAGCCAGGAGUACCUGGGGGUGAGUCUGGCGGGCGGCGUCGACGAGGCGGACCGCCUGCAGGCGCUGGCGGCGGCCAUCCGCUGCGCCGUGCUGGCCCCGGCCGGCCCGCAGCGCGCCCGCCUCCUCGCCUCCCUGUACAAGGAUGAGCGUGCCACCUCCGUCGACGAGUUUGCCAUUCUUGAGAAGAUAUUCCUGGACCGUCUGCUCGUGCCCGCCGAGGUGGAGGCGUUUGCGCUGCGGCUGGCGCCUCACCAGCUGGCCGUCACGGCCGACGGCACGACGGUGCUGGAUAAGGCGGUCGUGGAGCACAAUCUCGUGGCUGCGAGUAAGCUCUACGAGAACAUCACGACGGAUGCGCUGGGCGUGAUCCUGGGGCUGCAGGGUAGUGGCCAGUUCACAGCGGGGGAGAAGGCCGAGGCGUACGCGGCGCGCAUGGUCGAGCAGGGCCGGCUGAAGGGGAGCAUCGAUCAGAUUGACGGCGUGAUUUACUUUGAGGUCGGCGCGGCGGUCCCCUCGGGUAGGCAUAUCCGACAGUGGGAUGCGGGCGUGCAGAGUCUCGCGGAGGAUGUCGAGCGCGUUGCGACGAGUAUUACCGAGGCGUUCCCGGAGUUUGCGGCCGAGCAGGCGGCAGUGCAAUAAGAGUUGGUUGGAUGGUGGUUUUCUAAGAGCAGAGCUAGGUUUUUGGAAACAGGACUCUUUGUAGUCGGGCAUAGCUAGAAACAGGAAGGCCUCUCCUUGUUAUGAGACGAGCUAGUUUCCCACGAAAAGCGAGCUUUAAGAACGCCAUUACUAUCAUACAGGCAGAGCAAAG